AGGAUGCCAUGACUGAUCACACAGUUACCGACAAGCAGAGCUAGCCGCUUGUGAUUAGCCACGUCAUGUAAACUUUUGAAGUGAUACUCACCAAAGACUUGUGGGUGCUGGCGCAGUCUUGAUAAUUUAUUAAACUUCUAAUCGGGCUUUGAAUUUCAUGCUUAGCACGCUGAAAUAAUUAUAUGAAAGAUGUCAGACAUCGGGGACUGGUUCAAAAGCAUUCCCCUCAUUACCAGGGGCUGGUUUGCUGCCUCGGUUGCUGUUCCCCUCAUAGGGAAACUAGGAUUGAUUGAUCCCAGGAACCUUGUACUGAGGCCAGAUUUGUUCUUAAAGAGAUUUCACCUGUGGAGACCAGUCACAGCCACCCUGUAUUUCCCAGUGUACCCCAACACCGGCUUCCUGUUCCUCGUCAACUUAUAUUUCCUCUACAAUUACUCGACUCGGUUAGAGACAGGAGCGUUCGAUGGGCGACCGGCUGACUACGUUUUUAUGCUCCUUUUCAACUGGAUCUGCAUUGUUAUAACUGGGCUGCUUAUGGACAUGCAGCUACUGAUGAUCCCGUUGAUCAUGUCUGUACUGUACAUCUGGGCUCAGUUCAAUAAAGACAUGAUUGUGUCUUUCUGGUUUGGAACAAGAUUCAAGGCACAUUAUCUGCCUUGGGUCAUCUUGAUCUUCAACUUCAUCAUUGGAGGCUCGUUUGUGAAUGAGCUCAUUGGGAACCUGGUGGGUCACCUCUACUUCUUUCUCAUGUUCAAAUAUCCCAUGGACCUCGGAGGACGCUCCUUCCUUUCUACGCCACAGUUCUUGUAUCAGCUCCUCCCGACCAGGAGAGGAGGCGUGUCAGGCUUCGGCGCCCCUCCCGCGAGGAGACCAGCGCCUCAGGAGCAGGCAGGAGGAGGCGGUGGUGGUGGCGGCGGACGUCACAACUGGGGCCAAGGCUUCCGUUUGGGGGAUUAAUGGGUGAUGACAAGCGCAACCCAUUGUCCACUUUCAGCUUCUGCACUUGGGUCUAAAUAUUUGCUUCUUCACUUUCUUCUGUUUGAGGAACUCCAAAUUAGUUAAAUUAAGUCUGAUGAGUGAAAAGUAAAAUUGGCAAGUAUUUUAAAGCCGUAAGUGCGGUUGCUGUUUUGAUGACUUUUAAAGAUGGAAAAAAAAUCUUUGUAUGUGAUUAUCGAAGUCCCCUCUUUUACUGUGUUUUUUACUGCCUUAUUUCACCCUUUGACAGCAGAUGGUCGGGUUGAGAGAUGCGAAACAUCUCAUAGUUAUCUGAUUUAGGUUUUUAAUGAUCUUCUCCAGCCUCUCAGUGAGCAUAUCAUCGGACUUUGAAAUUGUCAAAAACUGGUGGGUGAAGGCUUGUGGCCAACCACAAGUAUUGUUGUGGAAAUCGGUAGUACAUACUUCUUAUCACAACUCAUUUUUGUUUUUGUAAAUACAACAGUUUCCCGAAAAAAGAA